UCCAGUUCAAUCUUGCAAUCCGCAUUCUUCCCCCCCACCUCUGCUUAACGUUCACGAUCACGAUCACGAUUUUUACUCCCUUUCUUUAGCUUCCGUUGUUCUUGCUCAACAUCUUGUUUUAAUUAGUAUAUUAGUCGCUAUUAUUCUGUCGCUUCUUUUUCUUGAAUUGCCACCAUCUACCUUUCGUCUCUAUUGAACAUUUUAGCGCUUUCCAGGUAUACGGUAUCAUUCGGUUUUUACCCUACGCAGUUAAGCCGCCAAUUUCUCCGUUUUAUUGCCUGAUGACCGCUCGUUUUCUGAGCCGUCUCAUUAGGUAGCUAUCAUGGAUAACGCAAAUCUUUGGACUCGCCGAUCCAACUCCUCUAAGUUGUCUCUGUCUAUGACGGGAACAGAGGGUAAAGACGGUGCCCGAGUCGAAAUUCCCCGCACAAAGCGUUUUGGUCCUGAUAGCUCCCACGGUCGAUCGAAUCCCUUCAACGCUCUAUCUCCUCUCUCGGGCGGUGUGUCCUCCCCGUCGACGAACGCCUCCUCUGCAUUCGGCCUGGGAUCCGGCGCCUUUGCAUCUUUCGGUGCCCCCAAAACUCCCGGCGGCUCCGACCUCAAGACGCCCCUCGAGAAACGAGACAUUUUAACGGAACAUGACUCGGCGGAGGGCGCGAAGAUGAAGGCCGCUAGUUCUACCAUCAAAGAACACCCUCUGAAGUCCACCUGGGUCAUUUGGUACCGUCCACCCACGCCUAAAUACUCCGAUUACGAAAAGUCAACCGUCCCCCUUGCAUCUAUAUCCUCCGUCGAGAGUUUCUGGUCGAUAUAUUCGCACUUGAAGCGUCCCUCUCUUCUACCCACUGUUUCCGAUUAUCAUAUCUUUAAGAAGGGUAUUCGGCCCGUAUGGGAAGAUGAUGCCAACAAGAAGGGUGGGAAGUGGGUGGUAAGAUUGAAGAAGGGUGUUGCUGAUCGGUACUGGGAGGAUCUUCUCUUAGCUAUGGUUGGUGACCAGUUCGCGGAGGCCGGUGAUGAAGUUUGCGGUGCUGUCCUCAGUGUACGGAGUGGCGAAGAUGUGUUGAGUGUGUGGACCAGGAUUGACGGUGGGCGCAAUAUUAAGAUCAGGGAAACGAUCAAGCGUCUGCUGAGCUUCCCAAUCGACACCAACAUUGUCUGGAAGAGCCAUGAUGACAGCAUUGCUCAACGCUCUGCCAUUGAUCAAGCUCGUCAGGAAAAGGCCGCCGGAAACAACAGCCACCACCAUCACCACCACCAUCAUCACCACAACAAUAACAACAACCAACAUCACAAUCUAGGUGCAGAACGACGAAGAGUUACGGCUAAUGAUGACUCUACGGGGGAUAAAGGAAAGGGUGCGGCGUCGUGACAUGAUUAUCUGAGCCUGUUUAUGGUCCUGUAUAGUAAAGAAAACAAAAAAUAAUUGGGACGAUCUGGGAUCGGGGCAUUGGGGCGAAUACUGCGUCUGUUUUGACUUGGGCUUGAUUUCAUUUCCCGUCAUUGUUCUUUUUUACGCCGGAUGCUAUGCAAGUUCAAGGGAACUUUUUUAGGGGGCGCCUGGUACGUCGCAAUCAUUGCCAGGUGAUUUACAUUCGGACUGAAAUGUAUCUAUUUCAAGUUUUAGUCCUUUGGAUCUCAGAGUGAAGUGUACAGUGUAAGAGUAGUAUACCU